GCCAAGAUAUGCAGUCGAGUAUGCUGGCUCGUCACCCGACACUUGACGAAGAAUUCGGGGCAGUUCAGUCCCCGAACAAGGAUGUUGACUUCCUGCCACCGCCAUCGGCGAAGGACAUCACUCCCAACAUGCACCUGAAGACCGACGCGCCAAUCUCGCUGUCAUUGUCGCUGUCGGACGGGCAGCACUUGGGCGACCUGUUGGCAAAGCACCUCACGAUGAUGACUGUGCUGGCACCCCUUCCUCAGUGGCAAGGUGUUGCAUUGGCCAGAGUCAACACAUGGGGACCACAGCAAGUGUUGCUGCAGGUCGAGCAGUUGCAGCACACAGACCAAGUGCGCCUGAUCCUGUCCAGCGACCCUCGAACCCGUCAGACUCGUCAGGUCGAGCGUUCAAUCCUUUAUCGCAUUCUGCGUAACAUUCAAGAGCGCCUGCAGCCUGAAGAAAAGGUUCCUCAACGCCCUCGCCGACAGAAUAGUACGUUUGACGACGACAAAGCGGACGUGGAACUGGCAUCGUUGCGGCGCCAGCCCCUAGAACCAGGAGACUUGGAAGAAAAGGAAGACGUGUCGUCGCCAAUCUAUGCAUUGCCGCGCACGCCAGUGUCGUGUGUCCCUGAGGAACUUGAAUUCCCACCUGCGACGCCGCCGCCAGUGCCGUUGCAUGCUCUCGAUGGAGGUGCAGUUGACUGCAUGGCCACAGAAAACUUCGACGACAUGCCAACUCGAAAACGAUCCAACACGCUGCGUUACCUCAUCAACAAAGACGCCUUUGGCGGGAUUGCAUUCGAGGGGUACUUGAGCAAGAAAGGCGACUUGCUGGCGGCGUGGAAGAGUUGCUACUGUGUGCUGGAAGGGCUGACACUGGCGAUUUACGACUCUCGAGAAGACUUCAUGGCCGACGCCGGGCUGAAAGUGCGUGUCAUCUUGGUCGACGUCAACGAUGACGUGGCCAGGCCACACGGAUUUGCCAUCAAGACAGAAGGCCACAAAACUCUACACUUGGCGUCGCGAACGGCCUUUGAACAGGAGCAAUGGGUUCGCGCAAUCCGACUACAACUGACUAAAGGCAACCGAUUGCUCGCAGAAGACUACGUGGCGUUUGGGUCGCAGCCGAUGGACGUCCCGGUGUUCUACUCGCUCCUGUCGAGUCUGCUCCGCGAAGAAAUCUCGGACUUUCCUCUGCUCUGCCGCAGCAUUCACCCGGAUGUCCUCCUCACAUCCAACUACCCGCCGAUUGUGCCAUUCUGGGGCCAGUAUCGACGGUACGAUGGUCUGCUACUCUUCAUUUCGGCGCUGCUAGAGACAGUUGACGUCGAGUCGUUCGAGAUGGCCGACUGCGUCCAGAUCAUGCCGGACAAACUUCCGACCGACUGCUUGGUCCCUGCGAGUCCCGCCAUCCCACACACCAAGCGCCUUGUGGUCACGGGCAAAGAAACCUUAGCGAUCAAGCAGCCAAGCAAUGCGGAUAGAGGAGGCGGCGACGUCCGCCGCGUGACACAGCUCUUUGUGCACGAACUCUGGCUCGAUUACAAAGAUCGGCUCGUGCGGUGGCAUGUCAAUGGCGACUCCGUCGCUCUCUCGGUCGCAUUUGACGCUUGCGACAAGGGCAAAGGGCUUCGUCUGAUCUUGCCUGGAGAGACGUCCGCCAUCCACCAAAGCAUUCCCGCAGGCACGUUCUACGUACAGCUCCUGAAAGCGCAUUCGCUCGGGUUUGUCGAUGGACCGGACAAGAACCGUGGCGUCUACGUCCGAUGUGUGCUGGACGAAGGCACGCACAUCGAGCGAACGCUGGACGGUCUCAAGACCAAGGAAUCAGUCGAUGUGAGAGCUGCAGCCCCAAGUCCGGCGACCCGCUUGCUUCGCGGGAUUCAACGGGUUACGGGCACAUCGAUGGAGCGGCCGUUUGCCGCGUUUGGCGACAAGAGUGGCUGUGUGACUCAAAUUGUGUAUCACACCGACGCCCCCGAGUGGAAUUCAAAUGUUCGCCUGGCGUUUCCCGGCUGUCCGCGCGGUGGCCAGUAUUUUUUACGCAUCGAGGUGUACCAGAGUCGCUUCAUGAAGUCGGACGUGUUGAUUGGAGUGUGCAAAGUCAACUUGAGUCCGCACAUGGCGCUCUUGGCGGGAUCGGCCGAAGCCAAGGCCACCGGCGCGCUCUCUCGAUGGUACAACCUGUGCGAUAUCUACAACGAUUGUAAAGAGUGGUGGGCGCCACCGACGGUCUUCCGCGGCAAGAUUCAAAUGAGUAUUGUGUUUGCCCCACAUGCGACAGCGUCGGUGGCCGUGAACGACGCGCCCGUGUACCCAGCCGCGGACCAUGACGCCACCGAGCGCAUGCGGGAAUACUUCAGCACACAAGACAAAAUGCUGACGGCGUCGCCGGGGUCGAUGCACGGCCUGGAGACCAACAUGCCGUCGCUCCUCCGGUCCGUGAGCAUCUCAGACGUCGUCCAGCGCGACAACUAUGUCAUUAUGGGCAAGAAAUCGCUGUUUGACAUCCCAAAGCGGUAUCAAGUGAUUAAAGUGCUCGGGUCGGGGUCGUACGGCGAGGUGAUAGCAGCCAGCGACACCCACUCGGGCGCGUCGGUCGCGAUCAAGAAGGUCCCGCAAGCGUUCCGUGAGCUCCUGGACACGAAGCGCAUCUUGCGUGAAGUGUGUCUGCUGCGCCAACUACGCCAUCCGCACUUGAUUCGUCUUUGGGACGUCCUUCGACCAACGCGGUGUCUCGAGAUGGAGGACAUUUAUCUCGUCACGGAUCUCAUGGAGACAGAUCUCCAUCGCGUGAUCCACUCGACGCAGACACUGAGUGACCAGCACGUGGGCUACUUCAUGCUGCAGAUCUUCCGCGCCCUCAAGUACCUCCACUCGGCCAACAUUUUCCAUCGCGACCUCAAACCGUCCAAUAUACUCCUCACGACGCAAUGCGAAGUCAAAAUUUGCGACCUUGGCUUGGCCAGGUCUCUCGAAGAAAUGGCGCCGAUCCACGAAAACUUGACCGAAUAUGUUGUUACGCGAUGGUACCGAGCGCCAGAGGUGCUCCUGGACGGGUCUCGCUACGGCGCGUCCAUCGAUAUGUGGUCGGCGGGGUGCAUCUUGGUACGACCGUGACCGCUUCGUCGAUCGGGACAUCAUGCGCGCGUAGGCAGAGAUGCUCGGUCGAAAACCGCUCUUCCCGGGGAGCAGCACGGUCAACCAACUCGGGAAAAUCUUCAACGUGCUCGGCACGCCGUCGCCUGCGUACGUGAAUCAGCUUCUAAAACCGGCCGCCCAGCGGUGGGUUCAAAAGCAGACAUACCGACCGGCGCUUGCGUUUUCGGAGCUGUACCCCCAAACCAACACCCUCGCGCUCGACCUCCUCUCGAAGCUCUUGACGUUUGACCCGAAGGCGCGACUCACGGCCGAUCAAGCGCUCGCCCACCCGUACAUUACCAGCAUCGGUCUUCCGUACGACGGCACCAUGGACAUCUUCGUUGGCUCGGUGGAUUCGUCGCACGAGAACGUGCCCGAGGUGAAGGAGGACAUGCAGCGUGCGCUGUUUGACCAGGUAUGUUAUUUUCACCCGGAAGCGCUGGAGGCAGAGAAGCGGCUUGCCGCGCAGGACGUUCCUCACGCCGUCAGCCCGAGUGGACGGCUUCGACGGGCGGCAACAUAAACCCAACAACCUCGAUCUCUGUUGUGGUGGUCCAGAACGUAGUUGGAACGCCAGACAGAUUCUUGUACGGCGGCUGGAAUGGCGCGGAUUCGAUUCACGAGCCGUCCGUUCGAGUCGAGCGUGCGUGACGAGAUAGUACACACGACAGUCGCAUCGUCGCGUUCGAUAGACUGUUGCGCAAACACAAACCGCGCCGCUGCUCACAUUUCGUUGAAAGGAUCCACGCCACCAUGGCGCUAGAGCUGUCGGGACCGCAAGUACAUCUCUCUCCAGCGUGUGUGCCAGUGGAGGAUCUUGCUUGGAUUCUGCCCCAUUGUGCUGCGCAUUCAUCG